AGAAAGCCCCGCCCCCCACGGCCCCACCCCUCCCGAGGGCUGCCAGCCCCUAUGGUGCCCUAUAGACACCCCCUAUGGGCCCCAUAGACACCCCCUAUGGCACCCUGUAGACACUCCCUUUAGUGCCCCAUAACAACCCCACAUAGCGCCCUAUAGACACCCCCUAUAGUGCCCCAUAGGCACUCCCUUUAGUGCCCCAUAACAACCCCACAUAGCGCGCUAUAGACACUCCCUAUAGUGCCCCAUAGACACCCCCUAUAGUGCUCCAUACUGAUCCCCUAUAGUGCCCUAUAGACACCCCCAUAGUGGCCUAUAAAUAUCCCUACAGUGCCCUGUAGCCACCCCAUAUGGGCCCCACAGCUGCCCCCAUAGUUCCCUAUAGACACCCCUUACAGUGACCCCCUCUAGUGCCCUAUAGACGCCUGCUGUGGGUCCCAUAGCAACCCCCUAUAAUGCCCUACACCCAUCUCCUAUGGGCCCCAUACUGACCCCCUAUAGCGACCCCCUAUGUGCCCCAUAGACGCCCCCUGUAGUGCCCCACGGCCGCUCCUUCAGGGCCCUACAGCCGCCCCGUGCCGAUCCUAUGGCUCCUAUAGGCAGGAGCCGGCCCCGCUGGCCCCGCCCACAUCCCCGCCCCCCCCCGCGCCCGGCCCCGCCCCUCCCUCGCGGCGCUUGGCCCCGCCCCCCCGCAGUGCGCGCUGAGGUCACGCGCCGGCGGCGCUGUCAGCGCUGGCCCCCGGCGGGGCGGGAAGAUGGCGGCCGGCGGCGGGGGCGGCGGCGGCGGCGGAGGAGGAGGAGGAGGAGGAGGAGGAAGAGGCCUCCCAUUGCCGGCAGGUGCCAGCCCUCCCUCCGCACCCUGAGGGCCCCACGCCGACCCCCGCCAUGAGCAGCAAGGAACCCACCGAGGUCUCUGAGAGGAGCCACCUGAAGGUUUUCCUGCCGCGGAAGCUGGUGGAGUGUCUGCCCAAAUGUCCCGUCCUGCCCAAGGAGCAGCUGCGCUGGAACACCAACGAGGAAAUCGCCUCCUAUCUCAUCACCUUCGAGAAACACGACGAGUGGCUCUCCUGCUCCCCCAAAACCAGGCCGCAGAAUGGCUCCGUCAUCCUCUACAACCGCAAGAAGGUGAAGUACCGCAAGGAUGGCUACUGCUGGAAGAAGCGCAAGGACGGGAAAACCACCCGCGAGGACCACAUGAAGCUGAAGGUGCAGGGGGUGGAGUGCCUCUACGGCUGCUACGUCCACUCCUCCAUCGUCCCCACCUUCCACCGCCGCUGCUACUGGCUGCUGCAGAACCCCGACAUUGUCCUGGUUCACUACCUGAACGUGCCGGCCAUGGAGGAGUGCGGCCGCCCCUGCGCCCCCCCGCUUUGCGCCGGGGCCCCCCCCCUUUGCGCCGCCGCCGCCGACCCCCGCGAGUGGCUCAAGUGGUCGCAGGAGGAGCUGGUGGCCCAGCUGCGCCCCAUGUUUCACGGGGUGAAGUGGGGCUGCAGUAACGGGGGGGGGCCCCCGGGGGGGCUCUCGCUGGAGCAGCUGGUGCAGCACGUCCUGGAGAGGCACCAGGCGCGGCCGCCCCCCCGCACCCACGCCUGCCUCUGCGCCGAGGGGCUGGGCACCCCGGGCCACAAGUGCGGCAGCACCAAACACCGCAUCAUCUCCCCCAAAGUGGAGCCGGGGGGGGCCCCGGCUGGAGGGGGGGAGCCCCCCAAAGCCCCCCCCUCCUCCCCUGACACCACCCAACCCUCCCCAGGCCUGGGGGGGCCCCCUCCGCCGCCCCCCGCCCCCGAGGGGGGCCCCUCCUCCUUCCCCCCUGCCCCCCCCACCCUCCCCCUUUUAGUGGUGGCGAAUUUAGGGGGGGCGGCCCCGGGGGGGCCCGAAAAUCCGUUGGGGGGGUUGACCCCCAGCCAGCACCUGGUGACCCCCGAGGGCUCCUGCCCACGGCGCUGCCCCACGGCGCCGUGGGGCUGCCCCACGCCCCCCCCGCCUUCGACCCCGACUGUUUCCUCAACAGCCCCCGCCGGGGCCAAACCUACGGCUGCGAGGCCGAACCCCCCCCCCGGGGCCCCCCCCAGGUUAAAGGGUGACGAAGAAGAGGUGGGGGAGGCAGACGCCGGGCCCCCCCCGACCCCGCAGGAGCCCCCCAACACCCCACACCCUCCCCUUUCCCCCCCCCCUGCCCCCCCCACCGAGCCCCCCGUCGCCAUCACCGACUUCUCCCCGGAGUGGUCCUACCCCGAGGGUGGGGUGAAGGUGCUGAUCACGGGGCCGUGGGGCGCUGGCGCCUACACCUGCCUCUUCGACCGCCUCUCGGUCCCGGCCGCGCUGGUCCAGCCGGGCGUCCUGCGCUGCUACUGUCCCCCCCACGAGGCCGGCGUGGCCGCCCUACGGGUGGCUUGUCCCCCCCGGCUCCUCUCAGCCGCUGCCCCCUUUGAGUACCGGGCAAGGGGGGGGCCCAGUGGCCCCCCCGGGGCCCAGCUGGACUGGCUGUCCCUGGACGAGGCCCAGUUCCGUCUGUCCAUACUGGAGCGACUGGAGCAGCUGGAGACGCGCCUGGGGGCACUGGGCCCCCCCCAACCGCCGCGGGGGGCCCCCCCCGACACCCCCCCGGAGCAGGGGCCGGGGUCUUUUGAGGCGCGGGUGGUGGCCGUCUGCGAGGCCAUGAUGGCGCAGCCAGGCUGGCCGGGAACGUCCUCGGGGACAUCGUCGGGGCCACCGUCGGGGACGGCGCUGGCCCACGGGGCCACCUUCCGCGGGAUGACGCUGCUGCACCUGGCGGCCGCCCAGGGCUACGCCGGCCUGGUGGAGGCCCUGCAGCGCUGGCGGGCGCUGGCAGCCGACAGCCUGGAGCUGGAGCAGGAGGUCGACCCCCUCAACGUGGACCAUUUCUCCUGCACCCCCCUGAUGUGGGCGUGCGCGCUGGGUCACCGGGAGGCGGCGGAGCGGCUGUGCCACUGGGACCCGCGGGCGCUGGCCGUCCCCGACACCCUGGGCCGGCUGCCGCUGGGGCUGGCCCGCGCCCGCGGCCACCUGGCCCUUGUCACCCGCCUGGAGGAGCUGCAGCCCCAGCUGUCACCCGCCUCCCCGCGCUGUCACCUCCCUGCCCCGCGCGUCCCCUCCCCGCUCUCCGCCAGCCCUGACACAGGGCUGAGCACGGCCAGCAGCGUCUCGUCCCCGUCGGGACUCUCGGAGGGACCCGGCUCCGUCCCGCUGCCCCCCGCCCCCCCCGGGCCCCCUGAGGAUGAGCCCUGGGGGCCGCCCCCCCCCAGCCCCCCCGACACCGAUGACGCCCUGCAGGCCGAGGUGGUGACACUGGCCCGGCAGAUCAUCGAGGCCACCCCUGAGCGCAUCAAGCAGGAGGCGCCGGGGGGGCCCCCGGGGCCGCUGGGGACAGCAGCGGUGGCACCGGUGACAUCGGGGACAGCGGGGCUGAGCGCGGCCAUGGCCUGGCUGGCCACCUACCUGGAGAGCGUCGACCGCCCCCCCGCCCCCCCCCCACAGAGCGGAGGCGUCACCCCGGGGGUCGCCGGGGGUCCCCGAGCGGCCGCCCCCCCCCCUUCGACGGCAGGCUGGGCCGAGUUCCUCAACGCCUCGGGGGGGGCGCGGGGGGGGGACGGCCCCGUCGCCCUCCUCACCCUCUCGGACCAGGAGCAGCACGAGCUCUACGAGGCCGCCCGCCUGGUCCAGGGCGCCUUCCGCAAGUACCGGGGCCGGAGGCUGAAGGAGCAGCAGGAGCUGGCGGCCGCCGUCAUCCAGCGCUGCUACCGCAAGUAUAAGCAGCUGACCUGGAUCGCGCUGAAGUUCGCGCUGUUCCAGCGGAUGACGCGGGCGGCCAUCCUCAUCCAGAGCAAGUUCCGCAGCUUCGCCGAGCAGAGACGCUUCCAGCGCCGGCGCCGCGCGGCCCUGCUCAUCCAGCAGCGCUUCCGCCAGCGGCACCAGCGGCACCACCCUGCCACCGGUGUCACCAACCCCGCCACCAACCCCACCCCCGCCGCGCGACGACGGCCCCCCCUGCUCACCCUGCGGCAGGACCAGGCCGCCCGGAGGAUCAUGCGCUUCCUGCGGCGCUGCCACCACCGGCUGGAGGAGCUGAAGCAGAGCCGGGAGGGGGACGGCUCCCAGCCGCGGGGCCUGGCCUCGUGACACCCCCCCCCCCGGGGGACCCAGGCGUCCGGGUGGGGGGUGCGUGUGCCCCCCCCUUUGCCUUAUCUCCGGUGCCAACCCCCCCCCCCCCCAGCGGCAC